AAACAUGAACAUCACUCACUUUUGAUUCUCUGUCGACACGUACAUAUGACACUGUACACCACUGUGUUUCUUUCGUUUGCUUCUUUUGCCUAGCCAUUGACUCACAAGUUUGUGGCUCUCGUCACUGUAGAAAUACUACCAGGUUGAAUACAGCUGCUAAUACAGUAAUAGCUUAGCCUUACGAAAGCCCGGAGUCAAAACAGGCCUGAGCUGAGCUGUUUACUUUCAUUGAGUAUUCCCUGAGUAUAUUCAACAAUGCUGUCUUAUUCAGGCGCUGUUGUGAGGGGAAUAGCAUCGUCGCUGCCUGCCAAUGCAUUGCGAAUGAGCGAUCCUGGAGAGAAGCUGGAUCUGGACAAAGCCAACCAGGAGCACAGGGCAUACGUGGCCGCUCUUCAAAACACACUGGGAGCUGAGAACGUUCACGUGCUGGAUGCUGAUGAUAAGUAUCCUGACUGUGUGUUUGUAGAGGACCCAGUGGUAGUGUGCAAUGGCGUAGCGCUGAUGACGCGGCCAGGACACACGUCCAGGCGAGGUGAAGGCGAUGCUUUUCUGCCAUUGUUCGAACGCUUGGGAAUCAAGACGGUAGUCAUGGAGGAGCCGGCUUGCAUGGAUGGUGGGGAUGUGCUCUUCACUGGCAGCGAGUUUUUCGUCGGCCUUUCGAAGCGCACCAACCAGGCUGGGAUCGAUGUGCUGGCAGCAACAUUUCCAUCACAUCCUGUGCAUGCAGUCCCUGUUGAAGCAGGCCUGCACCUCAAGUCUAUGAUGUCAAUGGCUGCACCGGGCACGAUUGCCAUUGGCUGCAGUGGAGCGGCCCAGUCGGCGAAGCAGCUCGUAUCCGCCAAGGCCACCUCGUCAUACACAUUCCUAGAGUUUGCCGACGACCUGGCAGCCAACGUGGUCCACGUGAACGGCAAGAUUUUGCACGUUCCAGCGGCGAGCUUUGAGCGUAGCCGUGCUGCACUGGCGGAGCUCGGCAAGCUGGGCGAAACCGUGCAGCUGUGCAACGAAGAGUUGAACAAGGUGGACGGUGCACUGACCUGCUGCUCAGUGUUACUGGCAUAGACCCCGUCUGGUGAGAUACUUCACCGCUGGACAUCACAAGCUUCGUGUACGGGUGGUGACAGGCUUCGGUGGUUGUGCUGUGUUCUACAGACCCCCGGUCGCCUCUGUAAAACAAAUGUGUGCAUUAGGGUGGCGGGGGUACAAGAAAUGUGCAGUGAGAAAGCACUGGUUGACUGCAGUCCUGAAUGACAAGUGAGAUCAGAAGGUCCCGGUAUGAACUGGUUUUCUGGCUAGUUCUCCAACAACCUUUCGACUUCAUGUUCUGUAUUGAGUUAGCUUCCACAGCAUAGCACCACCGGUGCUACAGAGGGGCUGUACGUACAUGUACACCACUGCGAUUCUUGAUCGAGAAGUCAAAUGCCAGAUUGGAUUUUCAACAUUUCCGAAUCCUUAGAAAGAGAAAUCGCUUGCUUUUGGCCCUCGGUUUCUUUGAGUUUUUUUAACAGACAAGGUUGCGGAGAGUGGUCCAUGCUUCCACGGUUUUACAUUCUAGUUCAAUUUUUUUAAUGCAGGUUUCUAUGUGACAUUUUUAACUGGCUGGCUCAGCUCUCGAGAACUGCUUGUAGUUAUUUUCUGUGUCUUUGUGUCCCUCCCAUCUACAUGUACCGUAAAGUACCGCCAGAGCGCCCCACCAUCUCGUCCUUUCGUGGCCGCCUUGUGGAGGUGGAUUCCUGUCUGUAGGUCAUACGACACGGACCUUGUACAAACAUUGCACAUUGUGCAGUCAAUCCGUACCCAGUUUACCUUCGAGCUCCACAUAAAAGCAUACCAAGUGUGACCUUAGUACACGAAGGUUCUCACAUCGUACAAACUUAGUAGCAAUCUGCCAUACGAUUUUCUUCCCUUGGCUCUAAAAUCAAGGUGGGGCGCUCUCGCGAGACGGGGCGCUCUGGCGGUACUUUACGGUACAUGUAUCUGUGACCUCCAGCAUUGGGAGGUUUGUCUCUGACUUGCUGGGCUCGUUCAAGUAAUUUAUCGGCGGGCAUGGCCACUAUGUAUAUCACUUACAAUAUAGGUGAGUCGGUUGUUCACUGACUGUGUUAUGAAUCUCGUCAUCUA